CCGACUCCCAACAACGCGCACGUACAACAGAUACAAUGGGCGACGGGACUUGUAGUUAUUUAAAAAAAAGCUUGGAGGAAAAAAAAGCAUAGAACACGAUGCAUAUCUGGAACCCACUUCACGCCGCAGUCGGAGUUUGUCCAAGCCCGUUGCCAUGGGAGCGGCCGGCGUCACAUGGAGUUUGGGCGGCGAGGCGCGGCCCAGCAGGGACAGCGGACUAAACAACUGCGUCUCCUCACCGGACCCCGGGGGCGAUGGAUGACUGCGAUUUAAAGAAGCUCGUGGUUACUCCCGGGACUUUGGAGCCUCCCUUUAAUCCCACAGUGACUUUGUAUAAAGUGAUGGUCGGUGGUGAAGCUGUCAAAAUCACUGUGUAUGCGGUGACGAGCGGCAGCGGGGCCUCUUACCAAAUCGUUGGUUCAGGUGGUAGUAAAUCUGUUGCCCUUAAAGAAGGUGUAAAUAAAAUUCACAUUGAGGUUGCUGCAGAAGAUGGAACUCUGAAGCGAUAUACAGUUGAGGCAACCAAGCUCACUUCAAGUACUCCAUUGCUAAGUGGACUGAAAAUAGCUGAAAAGUUGGAGCUUAAUCCCGCAUUUUCAAUGUCUGUGUAUGAAUAUACAUGUACAGCACCACUCAAUAUGACCACUGUAAAUGUUCAACCAACAGUCCCCGACAAUAAAAUGCGAGUUACUAUCAAUGGGUCAAAUGUCGGUAAACCAGUACAGCUAUCUGUAGGAAAUACCAAAGUGGAAGUGAAUGUUACAUCAGCAGAUGGUACUCAAUCCCAGAUAUAUCAGAUCAUUGUUGUUCAUGCACACAUUCCAUGGUCUAUCAAUUUUGUGCAUGCAAGUGAUGCAGUUGACUUUGAGUGUCCUGUAACCCUUAAGGCUUUCUACCAGCCAGUCUCCAUCAAAAGAAGUGAUCCCAAGCACAUUUUCUCAGAAUCAUGUGUUAAAUUCCUCACUCGAAAGACAAUGUGUGAUCCUAUCGAUGAAACUCCCUUUGAUCAAGAUUGGUGUGUCCCAGAAUACGAAUUGGACAAAAGAAUGUCAGCAGCUACUGUUUAUUGUUGCUUCAAAUAUAGAGGUUGUCCAAAUGCAAUGCAACUGUCAGAACUUGGACCUCAUAUAGAGCAGUGUCCAAACCGACCACCAGCUGAACUGGAUUCUAAGGAUGUUACAGGAACUUCAUGGUAUCAAACUGACUUUGGUCUCACACCAAAGCCAAAACCUCCACUCAACCAUACUGUAGAGGUGCGUAACUGGGAAAAGAAUCUUCAUGACCAAUCUGAUGAUGGGAAUGUUGAGAAACUCUGCAGCAAUGCUUCAAAUGAAAUAAAAAUGUACAGAGAACUUCUUUCCAAAUCAGUGCCUUACUAUGAAGAUGGGAAAUCCCCUUUGGAUUUACUACAUAAGGCAGCAGUGAACUAUGCUUUGGCUAUAAAAUUGAAACCAAAGGACCCUGAAUUGCAUUUCCAGCUGGGCGUGGUGUUGGAGGAACAUUACUAUGUGAAGGUGAUAUAUGGAGUUGUCAAGAUGGUUGAAGAAGAAGGUGCAGAAAAACUCAGUGCUGCUGAGAUCUCUGGGAGAAAUGAAGAAAUCUUGGCAAUUGGUAAACUUCAUGGCAUGAAGGGAACAACCACAAUAGAACAACAACUGAAGGCAUUGGACUUGGAAUACCAUCACUUAAAGGAACAAGGACAGUCUGCAAGAGCUGACUACAUCCAAACACUUUACAACUGGAAAGCCCAGCAGUCUAUAAAGGACAGUAAAAAGAAACCAACACAAUCUGAUGAGCAAAAUUACAUUGACUGGGCUUUUCUGAAGUACAUGGAUGCUUUGUCUCUUCAACCUCAAAAAUGGCAAUAUAAUUUCCAUGUUGGACGUUUGCUAUUAUUUCAAAAGAAGAAUAAUGAAGCAUUGAGGUUUUUGCAAAAAGCGCUAGCACAGAAACCAACAGAACCUUCUAUUAGGUUCUAUACAGGUCUAGUUGUGUUGGAUCGGGAUGAUGGAUUGGGUCCACAAACACGAUAUGCUAUUCAAUACCUGCAGCAGGGUUUAGAGCAAUUAUUGACUGACCUUGAAUCUUCAGAUCAGAACCCUCCAAGUGAAGGAGCCCCAUUUCUUCGAGCUUUAAAUACAUUUUCUCUUCUGAAUAUUCAGUUACUCAGAGGAAUAUUCAGGCUAGGAACAUUUCUCUUCAACCCACCUGCAGGACUACCAGAAAAAACAAUGACACCUGAGCAAGUGCUACACUUUUCUACAGAUUUAGUCGCCUGGGCUUUGUGCAAAUAUCCAUAUCGUGGAUCUUUAAGUCAUGAGUUGGAAUGGCUGCUUCUUGAAGCCCAUUUUACCCUUUUAGAAUUGCAUUCCAAAAAAACAAAUGUGGAUGAAGAGUUGAUCAGUAAAAGAUGUCAGAAUUUGUCUUCACUAUUAAAAAACACCAAUAUUCCAAUCUGCAGUGAAUUGCUAGAGAUGCAACGAAUGGUGUGCCAACUAAGAGUAGAAACAACUCCCUGUGACAGUAAUGCUCUGUACAUGCUUGGCUUGGCACAGCUUGUUGAAUAUGACAAUGAGUCUUCUCCAGCAAAAGCCAAACAACUGAUUGAAGAGGCCUGCCUAAGCUUCAAAGCCAGCAUUGGCAUGGAGAACAAACCAAUAUCAGGGAAUCCACCAGCAGAACUAACUCAACAGAAAUGGUGGCAGGAUUUCAAACUGGAUGAAAGCCAGAAAGCUCAGCAACAGCAGCAGCAACAACAGCAGAAGGAAGAGGAAGAGCAGGAGCAGCUAGGAGCAAAAAGAGAAAACAUUACACCUGCUGCUGUUGCAAGAGGUGGAGCUGCCAGAGGCAGAGCCAUUCCCAUGAAAGGAUCCACAGUACCAUCAAAAACAUCUCUUGUAGGCCGAGGUAGAGCAGGUGAAAUGCCCAAAGGUGCCAGGGGGCGUGCUGUUGCCAAACCUGCUCCUGCUCCUGCUCCUGCUCCUGCUGGCAAAACAGCUGAAAAGGCACCAGCUAAAGCUACAGCCCAGACUGCCGUCACUUCCAGUAAUGCAGCUCAGACUGCUAAAACACCACAGAUUUCCCCAGGCAUAAACCGUGUUUCCUUCGCAAGUCGCUUAGGACUGGCUCGCGCUUUAACACGCAUCGAUGAAAAAUCUGCUGAUGCUCAAAAUUAUUACAAUGACGUAAUUCAAAUGGCACCAGAGGUGCAUGAUGCCUACACUGAGUUAGCAGACCUUCUCCUGAGAACAGAUCCUUUGAGAGCUGUGGACAUUUACUCCAAAUUUCCUGUGAAACCCCUCAAUGAACAAACCUAUGAUGAUGCUUUCAUUACAGGAGAAAUAGUUCGUCUUUUAAUGAAAUACGAAAAGUAUGAUGACUCGCGUUUGGGUCCAAAUCUGAUUGCAUAUGGGAAAGUAAUGGGAAUAGCUUCCAUAGAUGGUUACAUUAACACUCUUGACCAGAAAAUGAAGACUCAACUUCUAAUGAAGGUCUAUGCAGGAAUCCAUGAUAAACCUAUUCAAGAUCCAGAACUUCAAGCAUUUUUCACAUUCAAGCACUGGAUAUAGAAUUCUUGCUAUUAGUAAUAAAGUGACAUGUUAGCAGAGAAAGAAUAUGCAUCCUGCUGAAGACAAACAUGUUGUUAAAAGUUUUGAAAAUUGUGUUCAACUUUGUACAAGUCCAACAAGCACCAAUUUAAAUGUUUUGCUUCAGUUUAUACAAAAUAUUCCAUACAUUCAAAAAUAAUUCUGUAAUUCCUAUCACCAUUAGUAUUUCUGAAGUGAUUUUUUUUCCUAAGUAACAAAAGCUGAUUAAUGAAUGGUUAGACUAUUCACCAUUAGUAUUUCUGAAGUGAUUUUUUUCCUAAGUAACAAAAGCUGAUUAAUGAAUGGUUAGACUAUUUCCACAAAAUAUCCUCCAAGAUUGUCAUUUGAAUACAUUGGUUACUUAUUUGACUGAAUAAUUUAUUUCCUAGAAACUAGCAUUCAUAGAGAAAUACUCAGUUAAAUAUGACUAAUUACAUCUCCUAUUAUGAAUGCAACAAUCUGUUUCUCCUCACACACUUUUAACAGCACUACCUGGUGAGGACUAGGGAUAUAGGAUAUUGGUAAUCUUGUAGUAUGUUCCACUGAAGAAUUCUCAAGCCAUUUGCCCCAAAAUUGGUAGCUCCCAUCAGGUAAUGCUUUUUCAUCUUAUGUUAUGCCACCUAGCUACAGUACCUCUUAAAAUUAAUUGACAAUGAAUCAUUUGUACUUUAUUUCUAUAAACAACUAAUUCAUGAUGUUUAAUCUGCUAUGGGCUUGAAUUAAAUGGUUAAAAUAUCAAACAUAUUGUUUUAAGUUCUGUCUUCACUAUUUUAUUGAUACAUACAGCUAUGAAAUACUUGUACAAAAGUCUUGAACCUCAAAGACAUGUCAUCAAUGA